ACCCUAGAAGGAGCAGAACAGAACAAAACCCCAAACCAACGUAUCUUUCUUUCUCAUCUCAUCUCAUAGCCCCCAACUCUUUCCAUAUUUUUCCAAAGAUGAGACCUUUGGACGAGGACGAGACCAAAGCAGUGUUCGAAAAGCUCUUCAAGUUCACAGGCAACAACCUCAAAAACAUCGUUGAAAACCCUUCCUACGAAGGCCCUGGCUCCAACCCAAGCCGCUACUGUUUCCGCAUCAACAAGAACAAGGUCUACUACGUGAGCGAGUCCUUGGUCAAGCGCGCCACCAACGUAGCUCGAAACAACCUCGUCUCUCUCGGCACGUGUAUCGGCAAGUACACCCAUGGCGGCAGCUUCCACCUCACGGUCCAGUCGCUGAGUUUGCUGGCUGCCAAUGCGAAACACAAGGUUUGGCUCAAACCCACCUCGGAGAUGGCGUUUUUGUAUGGGAACCAUGUUUUGAAAGGUGGGUUGGGGAGGAUUACUGAGAAUAUUGCUCCCGGUGAUGGGGUUGUGGUGUUUUCAAUGUCGGAUGUGCCUCUUGGCUUUGGUAUUUCGGCUAAGAGUACUCAGGAUUGUAGGAAGUUGGAUCCCAAUGGGAUUGUGGUGCUUCACCAGGCUGAUAUUGGGGAGUAUUUGAGGAUGGAGGAUGAGCUUUGAGUUGUUUAGGAGGUUUUAGCAAAUGGGUAUGUGUUUUUUUUUGGGUAAUAUUUGGUUGUGUUUUAUGUGGGAUUUUGAUUAUUUUGUUGAAACUUAAAAGUAGUAAAUUUGCUAAUCAAGAUGAGAAUUUUGUUGUCUGUUA